AGCACCGCAGCUCCCCACCUCCAACCAUCGCCGCGUCCUAUGAUCUCUGCCUCAUAUCUCUACAUUUAUAACCUGCCUUUAUAAACCACGGUUGCACUUUGCUUUCGCCAACAAUCAAUACUUUCACUUCCGCCUCUUGUAGAACCAUACGAUCGUGUUUACGGCCUGCCUCAUCUGCCCGUCGGGCCUUUCUAUCACCGUCCCCGCAUCAUGACAUCCCCGGCGUCGCCGCCUAGUCCUCCCUCGCCAUCCGCCUCUUUUUAUGACCUGAGCGACGAUGAGGAGGGGGAAUAUAAUACUAUACGACAUACAAGCAGUGGGAAGGGUGUGAAGCUACUCUAUACGAAGAGCAAGGUUUAUGUGCAUCCCACACCAUCCUCGAGAGAUAACAUACCCGGCUUCAUUGCCCUAGUACAGCAGAAGUCUUCAGGGAUUUCAAAUGACACGCGCCCUACAUCCUCUUCUUCCGCACGCAGUACCCAAUCGACCUCGCUCCUCCUCGCAUGGGUUCCCGAGUCUUCUCUGGGUGACGCAUACGAUACGUACGUAAAGGUAGACCUUUCCGAUUCAUCAUCACCUCCAAAGCAAUCCUACCUUGUCCCUCCUCCUCCUACAACAACCAGCCAUGGGGCCACCGCCGGUACGUACGCCUUCGCGGUUCCUGUCAGCGAGAUAUAUUCUUUGUUGGUCCGGCCACCGAGUCUGGGGUGGUGGUUCGGAAGCGUCGCAGUCAACACCCGUGCCGGAGAUAGCUUUCCCGCUCUGUUCUUCCACGAUAGCGAGUGCCAGUCGACCAUAAUGCAGAGGAAGAAGUUGGCUCGUGAGAGCUUCGAUCCAUUCGGGGACGGUGGCGGCAUGUUCUGGGGCGGCGACGAGGUUUUGCGGUGGUUGAAGAGAUAUGUUGCCAUAGAGAGAUCCGGCGCAGACCCGAGUAUAUAUCUCAUCGAGCCUACAGAAGAUGACAAGCGCUCUUUUGGCCAGAAUGCACCCGGGAAAUCGCCCAGGAACUCAUCUGAUGGUGAUAAAUCAGGGCAGGCGUCUUCUUCACAGGCGGCAGCGAAGAGAGAUGGUGGUAUGGACCCGGUGACGAAGGCGCUGAAAGAGGCGAGAUGGAGUUUCCUUGAAAAGCUAAGCCAGGUCACUACAUUCACAAGGCGAACCGCGCAAGCGGUUGCAGAAAACCCGAAGUUACCUCCCCAGGUCAGGCGCUUGAUACAGAAUCCUGAAGUACAGACUCUGCAAGACGAGUUUGAUAGCGCAAGAAUAUACCUUGCUCGCUGGGCUAUGGGUAUCGCAGAACAGAGCGAAAAGGAUCGGAAUCAAAGGAUAUGGACCGCGAAAGACGUGCUGGCACUGGAACAAAGCGAUGUUGGCGACUUUGAGAUCCUAGACAUGGAAGCAGAUAAGCUUUCGAUGAGUGAUCGAAGGAAACCCGUGACCUUGGAGGAAUGGAAGGGGUUCUUCGACAACCAUGGAAGGCUGCACAUCACACCGGACGAAGUAAAGGAUCGCAUCUUCCACGGCGGCCUGGACCCCGAAGACGGUGUGCGCAAAGAGGCCUGGCUAUUUCUCCUAGGCGUCUACGAUUGGGAUAGCAGUGAAGAGGAACGCCACGCUAAUCUAAACAGCCGCCGAGACGAAUACAUCAGACUAAAGGGUGCGUGGUGGGAGCGCAUGGUCGACGGAUUCCCGACUCUCGAAGCAGAGGAAUGGUGGAAAGAGCAAAAGAAUAGAAUAGAGAAAGACGUGCAUCGAACAGACCGAACUAUUCCCAUCUUCAUGGGCGAAGACAUUCCUCAUCCAGACCCAGACUCUCCCUUCGCAGACGUCGGCACCAACGUGCACCUCGAGCAAAUGAAAGACAUGCUCAUAACCUAUAACGAAUACAACAAAGAUCUCGGAUACGUUCAAGGCAUGAGUGACCUCCUUGCACCCAUCUACGCAGUCAUGCAAGACGAUGCCGUCGCCUUCUGGGGUUUCGUCGGCUUCAUGGAUCGCAUGGAGCGUAACUUCCUGCGCGAUCAGUCUGGAAUGCGAAAGCAACUCCUCACGCUCGAUCACCUAGUCCAGCUCAUGGAUCCUAAACUUUACCUCCACCUCCAAUCCGCAGAUUCAACGAACUUCUUCUUCUUCUUCCGCAUGCUGCUCGUUUGGUAUAAGCGUGAAUUUGAGUGGAACGAUGUACUGCGCCUGUGGGAGUCUCUGUGGACGGAUAAUCAGAGUAGUAAUUUCCACAUAUUCAUUGCGUUGGCCAUUCUGGAGAAACAUCGCGAUGUCAUCAUGACACAUUUGAAGCACUUCGACGAGGUUCUCAAAUAUGUGAACGAACUCUCCGGGACAAUGGACCUAGAAUCGACGCUCGUCCGGGCCGAAUCUCUCUUCCGCCGCUUCCAACGCACCAUCGAAACCAUAGACAAAAAGGACAACUUCCCUUCUAUCCCACAGGCCCGACAGCGGAAAUCAUCUUCUCCAAACUCAAACGCAUCAGGAUCACCGGAGGCCUCAUCAUCAUCCUCCGGGGUUGACGGAGGGAAAUCGCCCGCUAAUUCAACGGAGGGAGGAAAAGCUGAUACCAAAGUCAUCAGCCCUGAACUGCGAUCUUUGCUCAGUAAAGAGGUUGAAAAGUUGGAGAAGGCUGAUAUUGCGAAACAUGGUGGUGCCGGGAAAUAAUGAUCGUAGACAAAUCUCCAAUUCUGCUGCAUGGGUACAGAUCUUUUGCGGACCUAGGCUUCUCUUUCGAUUCUUGUGUUUGAGAAACGGUACUAUUUGUUUUCUACGCAUGUACAUUUGUUUACAAUAGCACAGACAUUGCCAUUAAGUCUUCGAUGGCAUUUUGCUUUUUUCACCUGUCAUUAUUUGGGCGAGAUUCGGGAUGGGUGGACGGAAUGGCGUUGCUGGAUUUCGCAAGGCACGCACGGUAACAAGCAAACAUGGGCAUGAUUACAUUGAGUCACAAGAGAAACAAAUGAACAAACGAAUUAAUGGA